AUGUCCGACCUCGCACCCACCUCUCUCACUCAACUGCCAGAGGAAGCCAUCCGUUGCUUCUACUCAGCAGCCGAACUGCAGAACUACUUUGCGAGGAUCAAUAUUCCAGCCGCACAUCUCUCCUCUCCUGUUCUUUCCAACAGCGCUCUUGCAAGAACCAAGGAGCAUGGGCUUCCAUUACUAGAGGCAUUAUGCCGCCAUCACACCUGCAAUGUCCCUUUCGAGAACCUCAUCCUCCACUACUCCACUAGCAAANAAGUCAACCUCGAGAUUUCUCACCUUUACGCUUGGUUUGUGACUAAGCGCCGCGGCGGCCGCUGCAUGGAGAGCAAUACUUUCUUUGGCACUGUGUUGCGGUCACUAGGCUACCAGGUACGCAAUUGCGGUGGCAGGGUAAGCAGGGCGAUGAGUCCCUUCCCAGAGGUCCGCAAGAACCAAGCACAUACCUAUGAUGGCUUGAACCAUAUGCUCAAUCUCGUGCGAUUCGAGGAUGAGUGGUAUGUAGUGGACGUAGGCAUGGGUGCUAUGGGUCCCAAUAUGCCAUACCCUCUACGCGACAACUUCGAAACCACCAGCAUAGCACCAAGAAGAAUUCGCAUUCAGCGACGCGCAAUCAGCGAAUCUUAUGCCAUGGAAGACGCUCCAAAGUUGUGGUGUUAUGAUGUUUGCUACGAUCCCACACACGGGGAACAGAACAACUGGAUCCCUACUUACUGCUUCACGGAGAUGGAGUUCUUGCCUCAGGAUUAUGAAGUUAUGUCGUGGUACACUUCCACACACGCGAACUCAUUCUUUACGCGCUACAUGACAGCGACGAGGAUGCUCAUGGAUGCUGAGCAAGAAAAGAUUAUCGGUAGUCUCACUUUGUUCAAAGACACCAUCAGAGAGCAGAGAGGCAGUGAACGGGAAGUUGUCAAGGAGUGUAAGACAGAAGAUGAACGUGUCGAGGCUCUGAAGGAUAUCUUUGGGAUUGAGUUGACGNGGGAGGAAAGAGAUGCUCUGUCUCCGGAUCACAAAUUAGCCUAA